UUUGACUUUCUUCAGGUCAGUGAUCACAUGGAGGACUUCGACACGUUUGGUUUUUUUAAGCGGGAGAAGUAAACCCCCAUUCUGGAGGCCUGUUCGGUGAAUGAAGCUGUGAAGUGGCGAUGUUUUUUGAUUGUCUCUCUAUUUGGUGGGAGAUUCGUUCUGGAAGCAGCAAUCGACGGGCAUGGGAAUUCCACUGACCUCGGGCACUUUUGCUGAAAUCAUCGAAAACCAGAUAAUUGCCGAGUGGCGGUAACUAAUGAUACUUGGCCCCGAAUUCGCAGGAUGAUGAUGUCGUUCUGCUUGCGGGACUCCCCGCUGUUGUUUACUAUAAAAGACCCCGUGCCCAUCCGAUAUGGCAAUAGAAGCAUUUCAAGACUCAAAUAUGAAACAAUUCCUGCUGAUAGCACUGGUCGCCGCUCUGGCCCUGGCACUGGUCCAUAGUCAUCCGUUGGAAGAGCAGCGCCUUACACUGGAGGACGCCGAUGCCCAGCCCGUGAACGAUGAGGGAGCCGGCAUUCGAGCGGCCCGUCACUUUGGCGGCGGCUUUGGUGGAUUCGGGGGCAGAGGAGGUGGCGGUUUCUGUUGCGGCGGAGGAGGCGGUGGAUAUCGCAGAGGCGGCUUUGGCGGCGGUGGCUUUGGAGGUGGUUAUCCAGGCGGUGGCUUUGGAGGUGGUUAUCCAGGCGGCUUUGGAGGUGGUUAUCCAGGUGGCUAUGGAGGUGGCUACCCAGGCGGCGGUGGUGGUUAUGGCAGUGCAUCUGCCUCGGCUUCAGCCUCUGCCUCCAGCUCCGGAGGAUACUAUGGCAAGUAAUGGCCAAAUGAUCUGAACUGUGCUAAAAAUAGAUUAAAGUCGAAAUUAAACCAACAAAAAA